AUGAAAAAUGGAGGGAAGAGAAAGGAGACAAAUAUAUAAAUGUUGAGUGAAGUAGGAAUAGUGUGUGAUAGAUAUUUAUAUAUUUAGAUCCAUUUGAUCGAUCCGUUUUUAAAACAUUAAUUAAAAUAUAUGCAAAAACUAGCCAUCUUGACAUUAGUUGUUGCUCUUGCAGCUUCCAAAUUUGUUGAUACCCAUACAACUUUGGCUUAAAUUGAUGCUAAUCCAUUUGGAAAUGUUGUAUUGUCAGCCAUCAAAGCCCACUUGUAAGCCUAAACACCAGCCAACGAAGUUAAUAUGUUAUUGAACGGUGUCGCUGCUGGAUUGUAAUAAGAUCAAAAUGACCACGACCACACUUUUGAACUUGACACAACAACCAACAACAGAAUUGUCGAAGAUUUGGAAAAGGAAAUCUUGUAUCACUAAAAUCAAAUCUCAUCCAACACUUAAUUGAGAGACGACACAAUUGAAGCUUUGGCUGUUUCUGAAGAAGACAUCAGAGUCACAAUUCAAGACAUCGCAACAAAUGAAUAAACAUAUGCCAGAGAAGAAGCCACAAGAAACUAAUAACACGAAACCUUUGUUGCUAAGGUCGCCGCUAUUGAUGACGUUAUUGAUGCCAUUGAUGAAGCUGCCAAAUUAAUUCAACACUUGAGUUUAGGUGCCUCAUUCGUCUAAGUCAAAUCAAAAUACGAAACAAUUCACAAGAGACUCACAGACAACACCUCCCACUCCCAACUCUUACAACCAGUCGUUGCUGCUCUUACAGAAUUAGCCACUCACGGAGUCAACUAAAAGGCUUUAACCAAGAUUGCUUAACUCUUGAGCGAAAUCAGAUAAUAAUUGGUCUCAGAAAAGGCUGCUAAAACUGACGUUGAAGAUAGAUAAGCUGCUCACUGGGCUGAAUUCAGCGUUCAUUUGAGUAACGAACACACCAGAUUAGUCGAAAGAAAGGCCUAAUUGGAAGUCUAAAUCUAAGAAUAAAAGGACACCAUUGAAGAUGCUCAAUCAUGGAUCGAAUUCCACACCUUAGAAUUAGAAAACAGUGAAGAAAGACUUGCUGGAUAAUAAGCUUGGUAUGCAGUCUAAUCAGAAAUCUAUGAAACUCAAACUGCUGAAAGAGCUGCAUAAAACGAAAUCGUUGACAGACUCUAAGAACACAUCAGCGAGAAAUUAUCAACCACCGCUCAAUUCAUCAGCAAGAGAAAUUGAUUCAUUAACAUAUACAAUUAUUGACAAUUGUUCUACAUUUAACAGUAUUUCAAUCUUCACUC